AUGCAGCUUCAACCCUGGCAAGAAGCCAAACUCGCAGAGGUUGUCCAAGCAACCAUCUCGGUUAUCUGCCAGUUUCUAGAUCCCACACCGUCACAAAGCGACGGGGCAAGCGGGCUGAUCGAACGUCUUCGGUAUCUCCGUGAGGACAUUGACAAUACCGAUCGCGACGUUGCAACUGCCCGCAAGUCGAUUGUUGAUCUUACCGCAGACAUCAAUGAGAUCCACCCGCGGCUCCAAAGUAAACUUAUCGAUGCCGUAGAGACGCUGGCGCCGAUGGCGAACAAAGAGCGCACGGCAUCGGCAGACCUGCAGGCGUCCACGAUCGAAUUGUCGUUGAUGAAGCUUGCAUAUCUCCGCGCGCGGGCCUCACAUGCGCUGUAUGGCGUCACUGUGGACACACGCGGUACAACAACCUCCACAGUGCACAAGACCAUGGCCGAGGCGCUGAGUGUGGCAUAUGGGAAAUUGGAAGCGGAGGCCGGGCGGAUGGAGCGUGAGGAGAAAGAACUGGAUAGCCAAGUAGCUGAGUACGAGCAGGCUCUGGCGCUCGUGGAUAGUGCGGGAUCUGGGGGGUUCUCGCAGGUGGUAGAGGAUUGGGCGCGGGUGAAACGGGACACGGAGGAGUGCCAGAGAGACUUGAGGCGAUUCGGGUGGACGGGGGAUUAG